UGCAACAUGCGCUCGAACGGCGGAAAUACUGUAGCGGGGGAAGAGUGCCAUGAAUGAAAGUGAUACAUCAAAUUGUAAACAAGACACGAAUACAAGACAAAUGCGUUCAAAUGGAAGACCCGAAGCUACUUUCAGCGAUAGUUUCACUGCACUCAUCAAAGCGCUUGCCGACUUCAGUUCAGAGCUCAAGGUGGAGCCAGCCGUAUUGAGCAUCAGUGCCGAUGCAAGUCGCAUUGAUGUUCAGUCUCUCCAGCCAUCUCACGUCCAUGCCUGCCUACGACGACACAUAGCCGUACUUCAGGCUGUGUCAGUAGACUUGAAAACACUGGCUGACAGAGAAACACAAGCCCAGGCAGAGCAGAGAGAAGCAUCAACAAGCAUUGCCACCGAGGUGGCAAGUUCCAGUGGUGCAGAAGCCAUGCUCGUAGACUCAUCGCUACCAGUACCCGGAGCACAGUGCCAGGCAAACGAGCAGACCCAGAGCACGCCCACCAAGUCAAAGACGGAUGAUCAUUUUGUUCAGAUUAGGGCUCCGAAGGCAGAGAUUGACAGGAGGAUAUCUGCCUUUAUAGAGCGCAAGCAGCAUGAGAUCAAUGAAAGUAAUGUGCGCGAGUUCUGCAACGUGAUCGACUGUAAUCAGGAAAACAGUUGUGCCAGAACAGAUGCCGUUUUCACCCCAUAUCCCGGCUUUAAAAGUCAUGUCAAAGUGACGCGUGUGCUGAACCCAUACGGCCCCCAGGGUCGAUCAGGAGGGGGUCUUGAGCUGCGUGGUCUUCACCAGGGAGGUGUCCACCGCAACUGUGGCAACCCGGCCAUCGAGGAACGACUACACAACAUGGAGGCACACCUCAAGCUGCCCACAGCCGGCCCUGUCCCUCUCAGCGUGUACCAGCGUCUUAAGAAGCUGGAGGAUCGCAUCCUGGAGCUGGAGGGCCUCUCUCCAGAGUACUUCCAAUCUGUGAGUUACGCACACAAGAGACCCAAAGCUUCUGGUUCACAGCCGUACAGCCUGAGCGAACUGGACGAGAAGAUCAACGCCGUGCGGAGCGCCCUGCUGAAGAAAGUCAACGAGUACCAGCAUUCCGAAACGCCAGACUUCGCCUUCUGACCUCCUGGACCUUUGUUUUUGUUUUUGCUUGAUUUUUUGUUGUUGUGGCAUGGAGUUACAGAGGGCAAAUAAACUGUUUUCACUUUAAAAUCACUUGAUAUCACCAGAGGUACCAAUCCUGGGUUCAGAAAGGGUUAGACAAUAUCUGCCUCGCUGUUCCUCUAACAUGGAUGACCUCACCAAGUAUCAAGUAUCAAGUCCAUCUGCUUGAGUGCCGAUUUUGAUCCUUUGCAAUGGCUGUCUAUAAUCCAGCGAUACAGGACCACAUUGAUGGCAGUUUUGUUUCAUAUUUCUGAACCUGGUAUUGACAUCUCUACACAUCAUCACCUCACUUCGUCCUCCACGCCUCACUUUUUUAUGUUCUCCUUUAUUUCCCAAGGGUAGUCCUGUUGAAGCUGUUGCCUCUUUCCCAAGUGAAUACUAGCGAAUUCCCUCCCCCAUUACCGAUCCCUCUGCAACCAUCAUGCACCACUCACUUGGUGUUCAUGUAGAGCUGGUAAAUGGAGGCUUUGCGUGACCUCAGCUUUGCACGGCUGAAAAUAUAGUACAGUGCCGCCAUAGUGCAUACAGUGUUAAUGAAGGUAUCCUUUUUUUUCUUUUUUAGUUAAUGUUUUGUAAUGGUUCCCUUUGCAUUGGGAAAGUAACCUAGCUCUGUGAAAAAUCUCAUACCACCCUCGAGUCUUCUACUCAUUGUAAAUAAACCUGAACACACAACAUUCAA